AGGUUCGAGGACGAAGACCUGACUCUCAAGCACACCGGGCCGGGCCUGCUGUCCAUGGCGCGGGAUAUGAGGAGAUGCUGCCAGUUCUUUGUCACCUGCGAUGCUUGCGACUGGCUUGACGGCAAGCACGUCCCGAGAGGAGCCAUCUCGGCUGAUUUCACGCAGGUCCUCGACGGCCUGCUCACCGUGCGGAAGAUCGAGAACAGGCGCACCUUACCGCAUCUUGCCCUUGUUGCUGCAGGCGCGAACAGCAAGCCGAAGCUGCCGAUUGUGAUUGCGCAGUGCGGCGAGAUGUGA